AAAAAAAAAAAAAAUAUUUCACAAGUUCUCACAAUUUGAACUCUGUGUGUUUUAAAUCAAAGUAUCUCGCCACUGUGAUAAGCCCAAAUAGCUAACGAGGUGAAAGGUGUGCAUUUUUCGUUUGACGUUACAAUUUUGUAUUACCCGGUACGUAAGACGGAAGAAAAAAAAGCUAUCCCCUUGGAGUAAUGCAAUUCAAUGAGUACUCGAUACGUCGAUUUCAAAAUGAUACCUUGAGUUCGGUUUUUCCGGUAUCUCAAAAUUUUUCAUAACUUUCAUCCAAAAGGAUAAAUUUUUCUUUUUUACACCAAAUCAUACGCCUACUUCAGUGUCCCGUUACACCUUUUUUUCUCGUCGCACCUCCUCAAGGUAAAUAAACCGGAUAUACGUAUGCACCCGCGUCUCGUCGCCUGUAAUCGUUUCUGUGAUUAAUGAUUAAUUGACGAUACUACGUCUACGAGAAGACUGGCUUCCGUACAGCAAUGGAUUCGCAGCAGCUCGUAGAAACGGCAUCGCAAAACAGUCAGGAUAUCAUCCUACCAAAACCGGCGAGCAGCACACCCAGACACAGCAUAGACGCCAUUCUUGGGCUUCCGAGUAAUAAAAGAAAUCAUCAAGAAAUGGAAGACGGCGCACGAGACGUCCAAGAGAAUACUGGUGAAAACAGCUGUAAUUCUACAGGCGGCGGAAGCGACGAGGAACUCGGUACCGGAUGUGGCUCCGAUGACAUGAACGGUGGUAGCGGCAAGAAGAAACAUCGUCGAAAUAGAACAACAUUUACAACGUACCAACUUCACGAGCUUGAGAGAGCCUUCGAGAAGUCACAUUAUCCGGAUGUUUACUCGCGCGAAGAAUUAGCCAUGAAGGUGAAUCUACCGGAAGUCCGUGUUCAAGUCUGGUUUCAAAACAGACGGGCGAAAUGGCGGAGACAGGAGAAAAUGGAGGCUGCCAGACUUGGCUUGAGCGAAUAUCAUCAUGCUGCUAGUAUGAGAAACGUAGGAGGACCCGCACUAGGUCUACCAGGCGAUCCUUGGCUGGCGCCACCAGGUCUUCUCAGUGCUCUUCCUGGCUUCCUGGCUGCACCCCAUACAGGAUACCCGAGUUAUUUGACGUCACCAAGACGAUUGCCGUCGCCACCAAACGUUACCACUGUCAGUAACGCCGUGCAAGCCGUCGGUUCCCUCAGUAGUGGAAUUGCCAGUAUACCCGGUAACGGACACGUUCAUCCGCCACCUAGUCCACCAGGACACGAUCCUCGUACCUCCAGUAUCCAAGCCUUAAGACUUCGAGCUAAGGAACAUGUCGAGAACAUCACCAAGGGUCUGCAGAUGGUCUGAAGUUGAUUGCUUCUAAGGAUAGAAUCCAAUUUCGAGAUUAUUCCUGGUUCAGGUUUGAACAUACUGUACACUGAAAAUCAGAGUCUGCGAUGUUCGAUAAUCCUAGAUAAAAGUAGACAGACGUGUAUUGGUUUUUGAAAAAAGAAAUUAUUGGAUUUCCAAAAAAUAAGAAAAACUGAAUAGGGACCCCCCACGAGAUUUGACUUCCAAAAUCCAAUUUCGAUGUUGACUUAUUUUCGUGUGGACAAAUCAGACUCCCAUAUUCAACCAAUUGGAUUCAAACUGGCGGCCAUGAAUAUUUGCCAAAGUGCAAUAAACAGAAGUAAAGAACCGCCGUGGAGACGCGAACGUCGAAUAAAAAGAGAAUCUAUUGUAAAUGAAAUUCCUAGUGUCUCGAGCAAAUCGGUAUGCGUAGUAAGGAAAUUGAAUUUGAAUAUUCUUGAAAAAUGCGGCACCCUCCAUUUUGAUAUUCGUAUAAAGCGACUAUGGGGAUUGUUAGCUUGAAAAAGUAGAGACAGUAAGAACAUUAUAAAAGGAUUACACGAUAGAAGCAAGAGGAUCGAUACUAAAGAAAACAGAUUUGGAAAUUAAAUAAAUAACAAAAGAAAUAAGUGUCUCGGACUAGAGGGACGUAUCCUUCAGGUUUAUAGUAGUCAAUAUAAGGAACAAUGUCAAAUAUGACCGAUACACGACAUUCUCAUUAGUUAACUUGGCUGACAAUGAAUGUCUGAGACAAUCACGUGUGGAUGUGUAAAUAUACCGUAAUAUAAUAUAGUAUAUCGUUCACUGAUCCAUUAAUUAUAUAACGUAGAGAUAUAACGUAUAAAUUUAUAUGUAGAAACUAAUGGAAUGACGGAAUUUAAAAGAUCAGUAGAUAUUAUAUUUCCUUUGUUCUACGAGGAACAGGGAAUACAAAAAUAAAAAUGAAACGUGUCUUCUGCGCGAGAAAUUUGAAAAUUUCACUGAUAAAUAAUAUCACCAAUCGUUAUUGUAAUUAUAUUAUAUAUAUAUAUAUAUAUAUAUAUAUAUAUAUGAUAUAAUAUCAAUAAAUUCCAUCAGUCCUAAACGCUCUGCCGAUUGGACGUUUUAGAGACUAGACAAUUUUGUUAGUAUAACCUAGAAAACAGUCCCUUUGAUAUAAAAUGAUGUAAUGCAGUAUUAAUACGCUAAGAGACAAGACAGAGAAUGUGGAUAUUAAGACGUAAUGAAUCACGAUCUACGAGUCGUGAUGCUUAGAGAACAAAACAAAGAAUGUAAUUUCGUUAAAAUUGAAAGUUCAAUUAAGAAUCGUUUUGAAUCAUUGAUUCAUGAGGAUUUUUCAAAAAUGUACGUAUCGUACCGAUUAUGGAAUUACGAAUCAAUGAUAUCAUGAGACAACGUAGAGAAAUGGAUAAAUUACAUUAAAUAUCUAUUUGUAUAUAAUUAUCUGCUCGUGAUAAUAAUAAAA